AUGUUUGAUGCAAUUAGUGUUACUAAUGAGACUUCAUAUGUUCCUGUUGGUGGUAGUGAUGCUCUCCAAAUAGGUCAAGGUGAGGAUGCUGCUGAUGCUAUCAGUGAGGAUGGUGUGACACCAAAGGUCACACCCACUUUAGACAAACGGGUUCAAAAAAGACCAGCCCCAAUUUCACCUCCGGAAAAGAAGAAGAAGACUUUUAGAGAUCAAUGCAUGAAGCGUUUAGUGGAUGCAUAUGAGAAGAAGGCACAAAGUAGUAAACAGUCAGCCACUUCACAUGUCAUUGAUCAUGUUAGAGAUGAGGUUACUAAAAUGAUUGAUCAAGUCAUUGAGGAUGGUGCUGAGGAAGGGAGUGAUGAGCACUACUAUGCCACACAACUACUUAUGAAGAAGGAGUAUCGUGACAUGUUUAGUACUUUGAAGACACCUAGUGGGAGGUUAGGAUGGCUGCGAAGGGCAUGGGAUGACAAGAACAAGAAUUAG